CCGGGCAGCGGUGAACCGAAUUACGACGCGCUAGAGGAGAAUCCGUUUGCCAACCGUCGUUAUCGCCAGGAGCGGGAGGUUCGACGUCUACUCGACAAAAUUCCGCAUACUAUGAUUUCCAUCGAUUCCAUGCUGGGCAAGAUUCGAAAGGAGGAUAUCGCAGACGAGUGGCAGAAAAAACAGACUGCAUUGCUUGGAGAAAUACCUAAAGUGGCGAUGCCCAAAGUUAAUCGAAAUAAAAAGAAGGGAGGCUCGAGACCUGGGCGGAUCGAGAAGAAGAAACAGCUUAUUCGUCUGGAGAGAAAACUGUUCGAGGUUUCAAGUGUACUUCGUCAGAAAGUGCCACGUCUCGGAAAGAAGAAGAAGGAGGAAAAAGGACAACUCCCCAGCGACCUAUUUGUUAACGAAAAACGUACCAAACGGAGGACGAAAUCGGCACUGGAUGUACUCAUAACGAAACAAAAUUAA